CACUCGCCCUGCCUCUCUUCUCGUAAACACGGCCCGGCCCAAACGCGGUGUCGGCAUUCAGGGUACCCGGGACCCUGCCCAGUGCAUGUUGCGGACCGUGUUGAGAAGGCGACCUUGCCUCCUCCCCACCACUGCAAGUCCGAGAUGACUCCCCACGGGUUCCUGUGCUCCCUCGUGUUCGCCACCUCCGUGCUGCUGUCCGUAGCCACGCCGGUGUGGAUGGGAUACUACGAGUGUAGAGGUGCCGGCUUCCACUCUCUGCAUUCGAGCGAAUGUGCCUCUUCGCCAGUCCACGCGAACGCCACGCAGUACUGGAGCGUGCUGGCCGAGAAUACCAUGAGUACGCUGGCCGCCUCCGUGAACGGGCCCGUGGGGAAGGAAUGCUUCCCUCCGGAGUGCGUUAACGUGGCGAGCUGCUUCAUCACCCUCUCUGGCUGCCACACCAUGGAACUCAAGGCACAAGAUAAAGCAUGGCAAUUUGUUCCGGUAACAGUGGGCAUUCUGCCAAAGAAUCCGGCUCCUGUUGGCAGUACCGUCGACCUGGUGUGCCUGCCCAGCUUUAACUACACCGACCAUUUGCAGGACCAUGAGCUAGCGCGCUGGGAAAGAGAUGGAAGGCUUCUGGAGGAAGACCAAAAUCACAAAGGACAUGUCAAAAUUAUCGCGUCCCUGGCUGACAGUGGAGAGUACAUUUGCGUUCUACCUGGGUUCAGGAGCCAGCCAGUGACCUUAAAAGUCCGCACCGACAAAAUCCUUCAUGAGGAGACCCUGAAGGCAGUGACUGGAGUCCUCAUCUUCUUUUCCAUCCUCAUAGUAGGGGGCUCGAUUAUUUUGUGCUUGAGAUGUCGCAAGCCCAAGCCGCCAGCGCCGCUCAGCAACCUGGCUGACUUGGAAGCACUCGCGAAAAAAAACGAGCAGUAGCUGUCACCAGAGUGUCUAGUAGGGCAUAAUUUUAGCCGGAUUUAUCCGGCCGGGUUGGCAACCCUUCAAAUACUUCUAACAGCCGACACAUACCGUACUUCUCGCUAUGGCUGUGGCUACUAGUCCCGUACCACCUCCUCCCGGUCUUGCCGAGACCUGGAAAAUAUUCGGUGAGAAAUCUAAGCCUCGGAAGUGAGGUGUGAAUGAGUAACAACCCUUGGCACACCAUGAGCCCAAGGCUGACAACAACAUAGACGCGUUGCUCAAUGAGGUUGUGGCUGGCCAGGUUUCAGACUGAGAACGACUAAACAAGAAGUGGCCGAGUGCUGUGUAUAUUCAUGCAGGUAGUUUUUUGUGUUGCCUCCGAUGAGCACGGUUGGCUACGUACGCUGCGAAAGAAUUUCAGCGUACAUACAUUGCGGGUAGUUUCGCCAUAUUUUUGGCUGAGGUCAGUUUGGCAACUGUCCAAAAGCGAAGUUUUAAUACAGGUCAACCCAUUAUCAGUGCCUUACCUUAUUACAGACCAAUUCAGACCAUAUUGGUUACCCCGUGCCCUUAUAAAUCCCAACGUUCAUCCUAUAAAGUCCCAUCACGAGGGAGAAACACAAAUGGACAAAAAAAACUUUUUCCCGUAUUGAAACGGCUGUACGCAGUAUGGACCUGGAAACUCAAUUUCCCUGUACAGGAAUACGGGUAAACUACUGUAUAUGGGUUGACAGGUAUGGGUUGACAGGUAUGGGUUUUUAUACACCCCCACCCCAAAAGAUGUCCCCGCAUAGAGAAGGGGGGUUGGCGCUUCUCUCCGUUGUCAACCAUUAACCAGUGGUGGAAAUUCCACGUUUAUAAGCUGCACUUUAUUACCCUAUGCUUGUCUGCUGUAUUCAAUAAAUCACAUAACAAUGUAA